AUGGGGCACUUCCGCACAGCUCUUCUUCUCCUCUCAAAUGCCUUCAUUCUCGUAUCAACCAUUGUAUUUGCCGCAGGGCUUUUUCGACCCAUACCACCCUCAUCAGGUAGUGCAGUCUUGGUAGGUGAUGGAGCGAUAUCCGAAGUCGCACCUUUCCAGAAAGUGGUCUUCAUGAUAGUCGAUGCACUGCGAAGUGAUUUUGUCUAUGGCCCCGAUUCAAACUUUGAAUUUACACAGAAUUUGAUCCGCCUGGGUGCCGCCAUGCCGUUCACGGUGAAAACCAGCUCGCCUAGUCUGACAAGAUCUUGUGUCAUGGCUAUGACGAUUGGCUCAGCCUCCAGUUUUCUUGAUGUGUUUAAUAAUGCGGAUGAUGGCCCUGGUAGACCUGACAGGAGGGACACAUGGCUGGCACGUCUUAAAGCUGCGGGGAAGGGCAAACUACUCUUUUACGGUGAUGAUACGUGGGCGCAACUGUUUCCUGAUCUCUGGGAUCGGGGCCAUUUCCACUCAACACUGUUUGUUCCAGACUUUCAUUCCCUUGAUAUAAAUAUCACAGCCUCUGCCUUGGAUGAACUUCAUCGUGAUGACUGGAGCGCCAUGGUCCUUCAUCUUCCUGGGAUCGAUCAUAUUGGGCACAUGGGCGGUGCUGGCAGCCACCUUAUGGCGUCUAAGCAAAAGCAAAUGGAUGAUAUUGUUCAGAAAAUAUAUACAAGCCUGGAACAAGAGGACCAUCUAAGCUCAACCCUCCUUAUAGUUGGUGGUGAUCACGGCAUGGAUCAGCUAGGAGGCCAUGGUGGCGGGUCUGAUCCUGAAAUAUCGGCCGCAAUGAUGUUCAUAUCACCGCAUAUGAAGUCCAUCAAUCAAGGCUACGAAUCUCCUACAACACCCAGUGGGGGUAUGUUUGACUACUAUACUGGCAUCAAACAAGUUGAUCUUGUACCUACCAUUUCGGGGCUUCUGGGGAUUCCCAUACCUAAUGACAGUAUUGGGAUGUUCAUUCUAGGGCUUCUACCCUUUUGGGAGGAUAUGGUGGAUCGGGUUCACUUAGUCCUUGGCAAUAUCAAGCAUCUCCGGGCUUUACUUUGCACAAACAACUGUAUCACCGAUAUGUCUGACAUGGUUCCGGAAGGGACCUGCUCCCCCGAAGGGUUUGGGCCGGGCAAUUACUGGGAUAAUCUUCUCCAGCAAGCUCCCGACAAGCAAUUCCUAGCAGAUCUCUAUGAGGUUGGCAAUCGCAUCCAGAAAGUCAUUGAGACCGCCACAAUAGGAACCAUUCGAGUCUCCCUUCUUGUUUGCGGCAUUAUAACUGCAUUUAUUGCGCUUUUGCUCUCUUGUUAUGCUUGUGACUCAUUGAGUUUGCUUAACUGGAACUUCUUCACAUUCAAUCUAUUCUACACUAUCUAUGGGCUCUUAAUGAUGUCCCAGUCUAUUGUGGAGAGCGAGCAUCACUUCUGGUUCUGGAGUUCUACCCUGUGGAUAGGCUACCUAGUAUUCACCGCCGGCCGACACUCUCGCACACCUAAUUUUGUCCAGUUAUUGCCCUUCUUAUUGCAAUUACUUUCGCAGAACUGGGUACAUAGUCCCAAAGCAAAGCUUGGAGACGUAUACGACGUUCAAGAUUUUCUCAGCAGACAUCCUUGUUAUCUUCAGGCCUUGCUUGCAGCCACUUUCCUUGCGACAUCAGUCAAAUUCACCAUGCAACUCAAGAAGAUAUUAAACGCUUCGUCGAUAGAGGUUUUCUGUACUGCGCUAGCUCAUGGAGCGAUAUCGCUUGCCGCCUUGACUUUCGAGCUAGCUUCUGCGAUUAGAAACGCCCCGGACCAGAUGAACUGCGCGCCGAGGUGGCUGCAAAGCUUUCUUCAGCGGCUAGAACCCCCUUUAGUGGCCCGGUAUGUUUUUCUCUGCUUACUUGGCGGGUUCAUCUACCUUCCUUUGCGUCUCAGGGCCAAGCAACAGGUGACGAUGAAGAACGGUGAUAUCAGUUCCCCUCGCAACAUCGCUACUAUAGAAGUUACCACUUGUCUGCUAGAAAUCCUGAAUGUCUAUUUAAUCAUCCAAACCACCCCGGUAAAUAUACCGUUGUUUCUCGUCUACAGGCUGCAACUCGAGUCACUUUUGUCAUUCCCAACGACUCUCAGUGCAUUUGAGAUUUGUGUAUCGAUAGUCCUGCUCGGUCAAUGCGCAUUUUUUGCCAUUGGAAAUACCAACUCCAUUGCUACGCUUAGAUAUACCGACGGGUUCAACGGUCUUAACGCCCACCACUGGCUCCUUAGUCCCGUGCAUACUUUCUGCAGCAACUACGCGGGUCCGAUUUGGUGGAGUUGCAACGGCUUGCGACUAUCUGGCACCAGAAUGGCGACCGUCAAAGGUAAAGGGAAACAUGGCAGUGGCUUUAUAGAGCACAUGGGGCUUCGGAGUGCCUUUGUAGCUUAUGGCCUUCUUUGCGUGAUGAUAGCAUGCUUCUUGCUUCGGGAUGAGACGUUUACUUGGACGGUAAUGGCGCCCAAGUUUACGUACACCCUGCUGUGGACAAUCCCUUUUCAUCUCUUGUUUAAUAUGGGUCUUCCCAUUGUAGUGCGGAUGGCGGCGUCGUGA